AUGAGUGCAACUCCACACCCUUUCUUAGAAUCUUUUGACCCUGAAUCUGAAAGGACCUUUAGAGUUAGGAGACGAACCCAAAGAGCAAAUAGGCAGAUCCUACUUCUAGAUUUUGAAGAAAUGGAGGAUUUAGGAAAUGUAAAUGGGAAUGAUGGGGUAAGAGGACCUGCAAGGAUAGAGAACCCACCAGCAAUAGAUGACAAUGAUAGGUCCAUGACGGACUUCAUUAUACCUGUUUUGGAUGAGUUAGACCCAAGUAUUGCUCAACCUGUUAAUGGAGUGCCCUUUAAGUUAGAACCGGUGAUGUUCACCAUGCUCCAAAAAAUGGGGCAGUUUCAUGGUCUGUUGAUGGAAGACCCACCCAAGCACCUUAGGAAUUUCAUAGAAGUGGCCAACACUUUUAGGAAUCCUAACAUCUCAGAUGAUGUACUUAGAUUGAAGCUCUUCCCUCAUUCACUGGCUGCCAAAGCCAAAGAGUGGUUGAACUCCCUUCCAUCCAACUCUAUAACCAAUUGGCACACACUGGGUGAAAAAUUUAUCAUGAAAUUUUUUCCAUCCAACAAGAUAGUACAAACCAGAUGUGACAUUACCAACUUCAUGCAAAAGGAUGGUGAGACCCUUGUAGAUGUGUGGGAAAGGUUUAAAAUCCUUCUUAAGCAAUGCCCUAACCAUGGUUUGCUACCUUGGGCAGUGCUGCAAACCCUUUACAACAACCUUAACACCCAAAACAGAGCCUUAGCAAAUUCUGCUGCUAAUGGCAUGUUUAUGUCCAUGUCCUUUAAUCAAGCCCAUGAUUUGUUGGAACAACUGACUCAAAAUUAUGCCGAAUGGCCUGAAGAUAGAAAUCAGUCAAGGAGAGUGGCUGGUUUGCAUGAGCUAGACCCUGUAACAGUUCUUUCAGCUAAGUUUGAUGCACUAACUAUUUUAGUGAAAAACCAGGGUCAAGCCAUUGAGGCAAGAUUGUCUCAACCUCAAGUUCCAAUACCACAAGUCAAUGCUGUGAACACAGGUGAAACUUGUGUUUUCUGUAGUGGGCCCCAUAUGUUUGCUAGCUGCCCAUCCAACCCUGAAUCUGUGUUCUUUGUGGGGAACCAAAAUAGGAACCAAAAUAAUUUUUCCAACAACUUUAAUCAAGGUAGGAGGCAGAAUCAACAGCCUCAAUAUUUUCAAGGGCAAGGGCAGCAAGCUGGCCCAUCUAAUGCUCAAGCCAAACCACAUUUUCCCUCUCAAAACUACCCACAAUCUCCAAGGCAGCAACCUGUUGCUCAAUCUAGUGAGAUGCCUACCUCUUCACCUUCUUCCUUAGAAGCUUUGUUAAGGGAGUACUUGGUCAAGAAUGAAACUAAGCAAAACAACUUGGAAGUUGUUGAGCAAAGUAUUCCUGCAUCUUUGAGGAAUAUAGAAUCCCAACUAGGCCAUUUAGCAAAUACUAUGAAUAGCAGACUCCCUGGUACCUUGCCUAGUAACACUUAA